CUACCGAUAGACGUUAACAGCAGUACCAUCAUUAUCAUCAUUAACAAGCACAUUCUUCUGCUAACUACACAUCUUUAUCAAGCACUAAUAACAGCAUCGCUUCUUAGGCACCUUCCAAAUGGAUCGAUAUCCAAAUAUUCCAGGAGCUUACUUUCCUACACGCCCUAUACUUGAUAGCUAUGGACAACCUGUUCAAGGCCACAGCUUCCCAUCAACUCAGGGUUAUGCCGGGCAAACAAUGACGGGGAUGGGAGUUCCCUAUCAAAGCACCAGCCAGCCUAGUAUGGGGGCAACGAACCUCAUAGUCCCGCCUCCAGCCACCUACCAGCCCAACCCGAGGGUUUACAAUCCCUACCAGACGACCUAUGAGCCAGGUCCUGUUCCACGCUGGCAGUUUCAACAUCUUCAGCGUCCACAACGUGAAAGGAGCUCGCAUAUACAUCCAUAUUAUCGCCCUAUGAAUACUGCGGUAGGUAUCCAAGAAGUUAGCUACAGCUACAUCCAGCCAGCCUAUAUCAGACAACCGCCUAGUAACCCCCUUCAACCUAAUCAGUCUACAAGUCUACCCAGUCUACCCAGACAACCCAGACAACCCAACCAACCUAAGCAGCCUAGACAAUCUAAGAAAUCUAGGAAGCCUGGGAAUUCUAGUCCGGUCCAGAGGCAGACACAUUCACCAUCGCCCCAGCUGGCACCUCCAAAGGCUCAGGCACUACCUUCUGAGACCCACGCAGCGCCACUACCGGAGACCGAGUCGGCACCUCCAGAGGCCCAGAGGGUGUCACCAGAAUCUCAACCAGCACCGCCAACGACCCAAACGGUACCAUCAGAGGCCGGGUUGGCACCAUCAGACGCUCAAACGAUACCAUCGGAGAUCCAUACAAUACUACCAGAACCUCAACAGGAACUGUCAGAGACCCAGCCAUUGCCAUCAGGCGCUCAGCGCGAACAGCCAGAGGCUCUCGAGAUACCCCCCGAGUUCCAAGAAGAUGACUUAAGCGGGCUCGAUGCCACUGGAUGGGAUGCAUGGAUUGACGUUCACAUAGAAAACUGGUCUUGGCCUGAAAAUACGCCGUCGUCUUGAUAAGCUGCCUAGACGACUACGACUUCCUAGGAUAGGGGUUCUUAUUUAGGGGCGUAAGGGAGAUCUAAAAGGGACUAGGAAGAUACACUUGGCUUCGAGUUAUGUAAAUG